AUGAAGUUACCAUUGAAAUCUACUGCGAGCUGGAUACAACAGAGUGGAAAGAAUGCUUACCGAAUCUUGUCUUCUUCCACCCGAGCAUCCUCACCUUCUCUUUCUUUGAUUGAAAAACAAAAGACUUUCCUACAAAAUAGCACUAGAAGAAACUAUGCUUGUAAUGGAGGUGGUGGAUGUGGUGGAAACGGUUCCUGCAGAAAACAAUCAUCAUCGGGAGAUCAUCCUGAUAAACCCACUCACUCGCAUAGUUUUGGAGAGUAUACAUCCAACGUUCAGGAAUGCGCAAGUACUGAAAUGGUAAACAUUUAUCUCAAUGGUUUUCCAAUAAGAGUUCCUAAAGGAAGCACAAUUUUGGAGGCUCAAUUAUUCUUCAAUGAUAUGAUUACAAAAACUAACGGUGUUAUCGAUGAAAAGGCCAAAGUUGACAUCCCAACUUUGUGUUAUCAUCCUCGUUUGAAGGAACACUCACCAGCUAACUGUAGAAUUUGUCUUGUUGAAGAAGAAAUUAACCCUCAUGACAUUGAAGAGCAAAUUAGACGAACUGGUCGUCACAUGUACCCUCAAACGGACAAUCAAACCAAGCUUGUACCUUCUUGUGUAAAUAAGGUAAAAGAGGGAGGUUGUUAUUGGACUCAAACUCAAAAAACUUACGAUAAUGCUAAAUCCGUAUUGAAAUUUAUGCUCUCUCAUCACAACUUGGACUGCCCUUCAUGCUCUGCAAAUAAUAUGUGUGAGUUUCAAAACUUGCUUGAAAAGUAUCAUGUUUCCAAGAAGGACAUUCCUCCAUCCUUGAGAGAUUUCUACACUGACACCUCUGAAGAGUUUAAGAAAGUGUCCAACAUUGGAACUCCUGAUUAUUUGACUGAAGGACCAAUUCAAAUUGAUCCCGAUAAGUGUAUUAGAUGUACAAGAUGUAUUAGAACUUGUAACUUCAUCCAAGACCGUGAAGCUCUCUCCAUGUCUGGAAGAGGUCACAACGAACAAGUACAACAAUUGAAUUUGAUUUUGAGUGAGGUCAGUAACUUCACUGAAGGAAGAUCUCCAUGUAUUGCAUGCGGUCAAUGCAGCCAAAUUUGUCCUGUAGGAGCAAUUACUAUUAAGGCCCAACUAGAUGAAGUGGCCGAUUUAUUAAUGCAAAAGAAGCAUACCAGCGCGUUUGUAGGCAAAGAGAAAGAUUAUGUAAUGGUAGCUUCUACGGCACCAGCUGUUCGAGUUGCCAUUUCUGAAGAAUUCUCCAAAGAGCCAGGGUAUUACACUUCUGCUCAAUUAGUUCAAGGACUUAGAAAACUCGGAUUUGACUAUGUUUUCGACACUCUAUUCUCGGCGGACUUGACCAUUAUGGAAGAAGGAACAGAAUUGAUAGGAAGAUUGACCAGCAACCCUCCAGGACCCUUCCCAAUGUACACCUCAUGCUGUCCUGGUUGGGUUAACUUGGUUGAAAAAGAUUUCCCAGAGAUUAUUCCAAACGUCUCUUCAUGUAAAUCGCCACAACAAAUGUUAGGUGCAGUAGUGAGAAAGUAUUGGACUCCAAGGAUGCAACAUGUUCUGAAGGGUAAGAAAGUGAUUCACGUCUCUAUUAUGCCUUGUACUGCCAAGAAGGGUGAGGCUCAACGACCUGAAAUGGGUCACAAGGAUGCUCAAGGCAACUUUAUUCCAGAUAUCGAUUAUGUCUUAACAACCCGAGAGUUGGGCAAACUUUUCAAGAUGAAUCAAAUUAAUGACCUGGAUGAAACCACCGUAGGAAAGGAGUCCCCUGCCUACGAUUCACCAAUUGCCGAGGGUACUGGAGCUGCUGUAAUUUUUGGUGUGACAGGAGGCGUCAUGGAAGCUGCUCUCAGAACUGCCUAUGAAAUUCUUGAAAAGAAGCCACUUCCAAAGUUAAACUUGGAAGAAGUGAGAGGAUUGGAUGGCAUUCGUUCAGCAACCAUUAAGAUUUUAGGUCAAGAUAUUAGGGUGGCUGUUGCUCAUGGAUCUGGAAAUUUGAAGAAACUCGUUGAAUACACCAAGACCUUGAAACCUGAAGAACAGUACCACUUUAUUGAAAUGAUGGCAUGUCCAAGUGGAUGCGUGGGUGGAGGUGGAGAGCCAAAGGUUGUUGAAAAACUUGAGCAUCAAGAUAUUAUCAAGAGAAGACUUCAGUCCAUUUACAAGUUGGAUGAGGCCUCUGUCAUUAGAAAGAGUCACGACAACAAGGAGGUGCAACAAUUAUACAAGGAAUUUUACCACGAACCUUGCAGUGAAGAAGCUCAUCACGAUCUGCACACUCACUAUCACUCACGAAAGCUUUAUAAAUUUACCAAUGAAAAUAAAGAACAAUUUGCAGUUAUUUCGAAUGAGCUGGUUAAGAACAAAUUAGACAUUGGGUCUUCAUUUGAAAUUAAAUCAAGCAUUACAGUAGACUCGGGUAGUAAAAAGGUUCCUUGUUCAUUUGCCAUUAUUGAAGAUUUGACCAUACUUCAAUUCCAAUUUAUUGAUGAAACUCCAUUAGAACAAGAAGAAGAGAAUCAAAUAUUUGACUGGAUUGAGGCCUGUUUAUUCAUUUACAAAGCACACCAAAUAAUCGUCGGAAUAGCUCACAAAGAAAAAUUGAAAGCUAACAUGCCCAGAAUAGCCAGAAAUAUGAGAGUCGAUAAAAAACAACUUCAAGAAGCUUUUAGAAGAUUCACUGGAUCGAAGUUGACAGCAAAAGCAAUGAAAACUUUUUGCAAUUACAUGACCCUUAGUAAAACAAUCAUUAUCCAAAAAGAAUUGAGCUCUCAAAAAACAAUGCAAGAGCUUGAUCAAUUUCGUGAGGCAUUAGCACGAUCAUCUUUCAAAGAGCAUUUAGUGUGUGUUUCUUUGUUUACAGUAUCAUCAUUAACAAACAAGGUACCAAUUGUGGAAGUUAUGGCUGAAAAUCUUGAAAUUGCAGAUCAGAUCGAACAGCAGUUUAGGGAAAUUGUUGAAACAGGGCAAGUGAGAGUUGGUGUUGAAGAAAAACAGGAUAUGAUGACAUUAUUAAAGAAUUCUGUCUCAAUUACUUCAGUAGGCCCAUGA